AUGUCACAACCGCCGGAAAAGAAAACAACAAGUACAACUGAUGACAGCAAUCCCGCUACAAACAACAUAAACAAACCAACCAAAUCGGCAUUAAAAACUAGCGCAAGUCGUUCUAAUAACAGUACUAAUACUGGAACUAAGUUACCACCGAUUAAUAAGAAAACAUCGACGACCACCAAUGUCGUUGCUAACCAAAAGAAGAGACCAAUGACCGCUAAAGGGCCUAGAAAUAAGACCGGUCCUGCAGUGGGUAAAUUUAAGAAAACAGUUGAAAAAAAUGCUAAUAAUAAAAAGAAAGGCAAAAACGACAUAGGUAACGGUCAAGCUGUCAAGUUAAUUAAUCAGAAAGAAGAAAAUUUAAAUCAAAACACCAAUGAUACUAGCAAUAGUGCACCAAAUAAUGAUACUGUACCAAUAAUUAACGAGAUUAAAGAAGAGGAGGAACCGGCUAAUAGAACAAGCGGAGAUGAGGGAGAGCCUAGUGAAAUUAGACGAUCUACGACACCUAACAUUGAAGCAUUAGUUCAUAAAGCUGCAUUUCUUCUUGAACAUAAUGCAAGUGUAAGCUCACGACACAAUUCGCAAGUAUGGGGUAAAAACUCUUCAACAGGUAAAGAUAACCAGUCAGUAGAAGAAGGCCCUGUAACUAUGAAAGCUUCUAUCCCUGUCCUGCCAAUGUGGCUUGCGAUAAUUUGUUGUAUAUUCAAUUUUAUCAUUCCAGGCUCAGGAACGAUUAUUUCUGGGCUUAGCCUGCUCUGCCAUGAGGUUAAAAAGAAAAAGGAUCGCUUUCGAAAAUUAAAACAGUGCUUAAUUAACGUCAGUGUUGGUGUAAUACAGUUCGCUUGUAUCGUUUUUUGCUUAAUUGGCUGGUUUUGGAGCAUUAUUUGGGGUACAAUCAUGAUCGGUCUAGCUAGAGAGAAUGCAGAAACGAUAACGAAAUCUAGAGCAAGCUCGAUGCAAGCGUCAUCAUCCAGAGCUAGCACAUUUCGUGAUAGCAUAGCUGCAUAA